AACACAGACUUGUGUUAACUGUGACAAUCUAUUUUUGCCGCACAGACGGACGCUGACACCGAUGACUCCAGGACUUUCCAGCGGGCCGGUGAUUUGCUGCAAUGCGAACACUUAAAUCGCUGCCUGCGCUGUCAGAUAGAUAGGCGGGAGCAGCAACCUCCCACUCCUCCUAUUGCUAUAACAACCACAGGGCGGUCGGUGUGACUCGAUGGCACAGCAGCUCGGAUGCGACUGCCAAGUGUCAUCCUCCUGCAAGUAGCCCGUCCUCUGCUCAAAGCAUCGCCGCAUGAACACUGACUGAAUCCCGCCCGGGGUAGGAGGAGGGGGAGAGCCUGUGUUUCCCCCGUCACAGUGAUCUGAGCACUGGGGAAGCUCAGGCUUGGGAUCCGCUACGUCAAACAGAUUAGUGAAAUAACCUCUCGGAGUAGGACAUACCUCCCCCCACACCCCCUUUGGGUUUGCCUGACUGCAUGCAAGGGCUCAGGAGGCAAGAUAGACUGUGCUGACAGAAAGCCAGGAAGCCCUUGGCGAAAUAGAGAAGUGCAUUGCUUUUCUUUUCUUUUUUUCCUGGGUUGGGUGAGACGACUGGUGAUCCUCCGGCAGCCUCUUUCUCUCUCUCUCUUCUUCUUCUUCUCCUCCCCCCACCCCUGUGCGAAAUGGCGAAAGAAAACGGCGAGUCCAGCGAUGGAUCUUGGAAAAAGCAUGUCGAUGACAUCAAGAAAAUCUUUGACUUCAAGGAAGUCCUUGGGACCGGUGCGUUUUCUGAAGUGGUGAUGGCUCGGGAGAAGGCCACGGGGAAGAUGGUUGCAAUCAAGUGUAUCCCGAAAAAAGCGCUCAAGGGGAAGGAGACGAGCAUUGAAAAUGAAAUUGCCGUCCUAAGGAAGAUAAAGCAUGAGAAUAUAGUGGCUCUGGAGGACAUCUAUGAGAGCUCAAACCACCUGUACCUCAUAAUGCAGCUGGUGUCUGGAGGCGAGCUGUUUGACCGCAUUGUAGAAAAGGGCUUCUACACAGAGAUGGAUGCCAGUCGGCUCAUUCGGCAAGUUUUGGACGCAGUCAACUAUUUGCACUCCAUGGGCAUAGUACACAGAGAUCUAAAGCCUGAGAACUUGCUGUAUUUCAGUCCUCACGACGAUUCAAAGAUCAUGAUCAGUGACUUUGGCCUGUCAAAGAUGGAGGGAACAGGUGGCGUGAUGGCCACCGCCUGUGGGACGCCAGGAUACGUCGCUCCUGAAGUUUUAGCACAGAAGCCUUACAGUAAAGCUGUGGACUGCUGGUCUAUUGGGGUCAUCGCUUAUAUUCUGCUUUGUGGUUAUCCUCCUUUCUACGAUGAGAACGAUUCGAAGCUGUUUGAGCAGAUCCUUAAGGCAGACUAUGAGUUUGAUGCCCCGUAUUGGGACGACAUAUCUGACUCUGCCAAAGACUUCAUCAGCUGCCUAAUGGAGAAGGAUCCAGAGAAGAGAUUUACUUGCGAUCAGGCCCUUCAGCACCCCUGGAUUGCUGGAGACACUGCUCUGUGUAAGAACAUACACGAGUCAGUGAGUCGACAGAUGCGGAAAAACUUUGCCAAAAGCAAAUGGAGGCAAGCCUUUAACGCCACCGCUGUGAUCCGCCACAUGAGACGCCUGCAGCUGGGCACCAGCUUUGGCAGCAGCAUCUCGAGCUCCAGCUCCGUGUCCAGCUCUCAGAGCCGAGGUCCAGCCAAGAGCCAGUCUGUGGACUGCGCCCCGCUCUCCCUGAAGGACUGUCACCCUAUAGAUCCUCUGCCAUGUGCUGCUAAAGCAUACCAUCAGGACUCAGAUGCCCCCUCUCCCACUCGAGAGGAGCCACCAGCGGCAGCUGAACCGCCCAGGCCACGACCCUCCACUGUUACCGUCAUCCACACGGGGACUAAAUGACGCCAGGUUCCGCGGGAGGUGAGCUGGGAGACCACGGAGCUUUGAGACUUGGGUGGGUAAAGAAGAAAAAAAAACCCAUCCCAGGCCUCGUGAUUCAGUGUCGUUACCCAGUUUGCCCAUCCCGCCACCUCCCAUCAGUUUCUGCCAAAACGUAAAACAAAGAAACGGGAGGAAUUUAAGGAGCGCUGGCUCAGCUCCAUUUGGAUCAGCAUGGCUUCCCCCUCUGCUUCCCUUCACAUUGUCAUUUAGACCUGGAAGUACAGAGGUGGGGUGAAGGGAGCCUCUCGACCGAAGGUGUUACUGUGUGGAGGCCGUGCUCAGCCUGGAUCAGGGCUGCCUGGCAGAUAAAAGAGCGUCUGGUCUUGGAAGUGCCACACUAAAGGAAACUCUUUAUUGAAGCUGCUGUCUUUUCUUUUGUUUUGGGACGGGACCUUCCACUGUAUGCCUUGUGUCGAUGUCCUGCCUGGAGCUGCUGAGUGGAGUUGUGUUAUGCAAGUGAAAUAUAAGCUUCAAGCUGUGGUUACUAAUUGUGACAUCAUCUGCACUCUGAACUUUCUCGUUGUUUUUUUUUUCCCUCUCGUUAAUUUGCUGCGGUGGCUCACAGCAUCGUAAACUCCUGACGGUAGUGAUGUUGUUCCUUUUUAGCUUUUCAGUGUGUGGACGUGAAGCAGGAGCGGGACGGUGUGUUUUCAAUCAUGGGAGCGAUCGCUGAGAGGACUAGUGCGUUGCACUAAUGUAUUGGAAUAUUUAUUUUCUUAUAAUACGUUAUGAAUUUUUGUAAGAAUACCAGUCGCAGAAUCAUGUAAAUGUGUUAUUAAAUCAAACUGAAGUUGCCGAAUUGUACGAUACAGUAUCUACUAGUUGUUAGUUUGUAAUCGCUGUUUUAUUUGAUGACUUGAUUGACGUGACUGUGAAGUCCUCUUUAACCACACGAGGGCGACCACGCGUUGUUGCUCUGUGACCAGUUCUCAGGGAUCUGCAGGGACGUGAACGUGAAGCUGACCAAACUCCAAGUGAUCAAGCUCUGCUGUUUCGAUGAACAUAGUGAGGUUAUUCCUUUAAAAUACUGCAUAUUAUUCUGAUGUGCCAGAGAUGUUUUCUUUCUUUAAAAGCAGUCUUACCAAAUAGUUUUUUUUUUCUCCCUUUAAAAACCUGGAAUCAUAUUUGGAUGUAAAGAAAGUGUUGACCAGUGACGUGUGAAUUUAUGUCUGUAGUUUUAAAAAAAAAAAGAAAAAAUUACAAAUGAAUGCGAAUGUAUUCAGGAGUCGAGACCAGUCCAAUCAGUGGUGUCCAGUUGAGUAGUUGAAAUACCGUGCUCUGCUUCCGCUCGUGAAGUGGCUGGUCUGAAAACAGCUCACUCACUCGGUGUUUAAUCACUGUGCUUUCAUACCAGCCUGUUGAAUUUAGCAGAAAGUCUCUUUCUCCUUCUCUCCCUUACCCCUCGCUCUCUGCAGACUUUCACACAGAGCAGUGAAGGGAUCUGUCUUUGUAUUUUUCUCUGUGGUAACCACUGGAUUUUUACCAGCUCAAUAUGAAAGGAGAAAAGAAAGAAACACUUCACGAUGGCAUCUCCAGUUUUGAGGGUUUUACAAUCUUGAAUUAUCCCAAAAAAAGAGAAAAAAAGAAAUGUGGUGAAUAUCAAAAUGGACUUUGAGCUUUUACUUACUGUAAAUACAAAUCUCAACAAGCUUUGGGUUGUGUUUAUUUUGGUCUUCCCUAUAUUUCCCACCACCUCUCCUGGAUCGGCAAAAGAAAGCAAAUUAUAAAGCACUGGAAGUCCCUCAGUAUGCAUGUAUUACAUAUUAUUACUGAAAUGUGCUUUGGAGUUGUAGAGAUUUGUGCAUUAAAAAGAAGCUUGUUUGCA